UUAAUACUGAUGACAGAAAGUGGUCUGUGUGGUAAAAACUAAAAUGCAUUGAUGAGCAGAUAUUUGUUUUAUAGAGAAACAUCUUCAAUUUUCUAAACUGUCUCUUUGUCUUAAACUAAGACACAUUGAUGAGCAGAUACUUGUUUUAUAGAGAAACAUCUUCAAUUUUCUAAACUGUCUCUUUGUCUUGGAAGGCAUAGGUAACAUUGUUCAAAACAUAGAUAACGGUAAUCACGGAUGAAAAUAUCACUAGAAGUGCUAACGGCAAAUUUGAGUGUGCAUCAAAUAGACACUGAAUGAACAGCUGAGCAGUCUUGGAAUGACUGACAGACACAGUCAGAUUUGGUGCCCUCUGUAUAUGCACUAGUUAGUUUCGUCAACUUGAGGGCCCCUAAAUAACAUGGAAAGAGAGUCUUGAUGAGGGAUUGUCUACCUAGACCAGGUUGGCCUGUACACAUAUCUAUGGGGAGCCAUUUGAAUGACAUUGACUGAUAAGGGAAGACUCGACCCACGGUGGACAGCGCUAUUCUUGAGUUUGGACUCUAGAUAAGAGUAGGGAAGCUAUCUGAGAACUGAACAUGCACACAUUUGUUCUCUCUUUCUGCUGUGGAUGUGAUAGGAAUGGGCGUUUUUAGUCCCAGCUACACUUUAAUUCCCUACGAUGAUGAAUUAUACCUUGAAAUUGUGAGCUAUGAAUGAGUUUUGAGGUAAAUAAACCCUUUCUUCCCUAAGUUUGGUUAGGGAAUUUAAUCACAGCAAUAGAGAUGAAACCAGAGCAGGUUGUAAUGUAACAUUUAGUAUUUUUUCCGCUCUUUGGCCCCCGCAGCAGAAGCAAGAUGACGAAAGGAACGUCAUCCUUUGGAAAGCGUCGCAAUAAGACACACACGCUGUGCCACCGCUGUGGCUCUAAGGCCUACCACCUUCAGAAGUCGACCUGUGGCAAGUGUGGCUACCCGGCCCAGCGCAAGAGAAAGUGUAACUGGAGUGCCAAGGCUAAGAGGCGAAACACUACCGGGACUGGGCGGAUGAGGUACCUGAAAAUUGUCUAUCGAAGAUUCAGACAUGGAUCCCGUGAAGGGACAACACCUAAACCCAAGAGGGCAGCUGUUGCAGCAUCCAGUUCAUCUUGAGGAAUUUCACUCAGUCAUAAAAUAAAUGUUCUGGUUUCAAAAGAA